AUGGCGCAACGACCUCGCCAAGACCCUGUCUCCUGCGAGAGCUGCCGCAAGAAGAAGCUCAAAUGCAGCCGCGAAGUACCCUGCUCCAACUGCGCAGCUCGCAGUAUCACAUGCGACUAUGGCGUCGCUAGACCAGUCGAACCCAGACCUUCUUCCAAGCAGGAUGAACUUUCGGUCUUGAGGACAGACAAUGCUGCUAUCAAGGCGCGGUUGGAGAGGCUGGAGAGUCUUGUCUGCAAUGGCGGCUCACCAGCUUCUGAUGCUCCUGCGGAGUUGAACACCAGACCGGCGAAGACGAGGAGGUUGCUUGAGGGGGAGGCGCUGCCGUCGCCGGCGACGACGGUUUCGAAUGCGAAUGAUGCUGAGGUUGCUAAGGAGUAUAGGGGGGACUUUCAGUGGUUGGAAGGUGUUGGUUCCCAAGAGAACACAAGACUGCCACAACUGUCAACACCACUUCCCGUGCUGGUCGUUCCUUUGGAAGAGAUCAUCAGCCAUGCACUGUCGGCGCCAGACCAAUCUCAGCGAACCAUCCUUCUUCCUCCGUAUGAGCAAGCAAAGUCGCUUAUGGAACGCUACAUCGAACAGCUGGACCCCGUCCAACAUCUGAUUCACUGUCCAACAGUAAGGCGCGAUGUCGACGAACUUUACAGUCAUCUCAUUCAAGGCCGUUCGGUUGAGCCGGGCCGUACAGUGCUUCUGCUUGCCAUGCUGACUAGUAUGGGCUCUUACUGGGGCAUGGGAGGCAAUGAGAACCCGUACUUCACUACUGGAUCUGUCGCUUCGAAGGUCGGAAUGUUCUGGCUGCGCACGGCUAUGGAUGUCCUUGAACAUACGAGACGGUCGGCUUCUGCGAGUUUGGAGUGUGUUCAGGCUAAUAUCAUUUUGAUGUUCUUGGUGUAUCACAUCGAAGGCUUCAGUCCAAAGGUCAGAGCACUACACUUCGCAGCACUUGCGAUGGCAAAGGACCUGCGGUUGCAUCGAACCGACGAUCCUUCGCUGCCCGUGGAAAAGUCGAACAGCUCCACCAAAAACAUCGUGGACAAGGAGAUGCGACGGCGAGUGUGGUGGCACCUGGCUGCCUCUGACUGGAGUCUGUCCACCAGCGGUGGACCACACGAAGGUACUUACAAUGUCAACCCAAGACACAUGAGGGUGAAGCGCCCUCGCAAUAUGUCUGACGAAGAGCUGGAGACUCUACCCGAAGACUUCGAUACUCCUUUGUCCAGGCCAACAGUGAUGUCGUACUACCUGCAACGAAUCCGUCUAUCAGAGAUCUGCCGAGAGAUAGCGGACUUUACCUGGACGUGGGAUGGCGAUCCGGAGAGCGUCAGCAUCGACGACAUUCAACGCCUGGAUGCGAAGUUCGACCGCUACUUCGCCGAGCUGCCGACCUUCCUCCAGCUCGACGAUUCCGCCCAAGAGACUGCGGCACUCGAUCGACAGACUCCGCACAUUCGACUGCAGAGCUACAUCGUCAACCUCAUCGGCAACGCCAGAAGAUGCAAAUUCCACCUCCCCUUUCUCCAACGAGCCUCCGUCGACAACACAUAUGCGUUCUCCCGUCAGGCCUGCCUUCGUGCAGCACGAACUCUAAUAUACAUCAGAGACGGCCUCAUGGAAGCUGACGCUGCCAUGUGGAUUUCCAACACUCGACUGUGCGGUUUGGUCCAUAUAUCGUUCUAUGGCACCGUCGUACUCGUGAUGGAUCUGAUCUGCAAUCGUGGGACGGACUGCGAAGUGCAGCGCAAGGAAGAGAUUCAGACGGCGUGUGCCUCCCUCGAAGUGAGCAAAUCGAAGUCACCCGCGGCUGCGAUGUUCCUCGAUUCCUUGCUUGCCGUGCUUCGGAAGCACAGGAUAAACAUCGAGAAAGCUCGACAGGACGGCGAGCUUGUGAAUGGUCCAGUCUCUGGAGAUGCUGUGGGCAGCAGUACCUUCGCUCCCGGCCACGGCAAUGCGUUCUCCCACAGCGCGCCUCUUAUGCCUGAAACUGAGGCGUCGUUCAGUGCUAUCGACUUUGACAACCUCAACUCAGACGAGCUGUGGCAAAGCUUCAUCGAUAUGGACGCCACCAUUGACCCUCAGAGCUGGGAUGCGUUGAUGAAUGAUAUUGAGACCAUGAGUUCAAGGCGUAUCUAG